CUGUUUAUCUUCCUAAAAUACUAGAAGGAGCCCAAUCACAUACCAGGAGGUACCUCGGUGACUUUGUCGACUAUGAGCUGCUAGUGUAACGGCCUCGCCAUGGACCUGUACAAAGUAGCUUUCCUCUUGGGAGCCCUGGUCUGCAACGUUAGUGGCACUGAGGUGGAGGGAUACGCCAAAACUGAAGGAGCAUGGAUCCUCUCGCUGCGCAAAACCCAGUACUCCGCAAACACCGUGGCGGACUGUGCCACCAAAUGUGAUGCUGAAACAUCCUUCACAUGCAGGUCUUUCAUAUACCAUGAAAAAGACCAAGAGUGCUGGACCGCAGCAGCGAACUCUAAAACAGAAAAUAUCCUGCGUAGAAGCAGCACAGCAUUGUUUGAAAAAGAAGUCUACCUCCUGGAGUGUGUAAAUGGAGUAGGAUCAGAUUACAGAGGAACAAAGAGCAAAACAAAAUCAGGAACCAAAUGUCAGAAUUGGGCUGCCAAAUACCCGCACAGGCCCAACUUCACACCAGAAGCCAAUCCUCUAGCAGACCUGGAGUCUAACUUCUGUAGAAACCCCGAUGGAGAUGCCGGGGGACCCUGGUGUUACACCACCGACCCCAACACCCGCUGGGAGCACUGCGGGGUCUCCAGCUGCACUGAGGAGUGUAUACACUGCAGUGGCGAGGACUACAGGGGGAAGAUCUCCACCACAGAAAAAGGCUUCACCUGCCAACGAUGGGACUCCCAGAAACCUCACAACCACGGCUACAGCCCCAGCGCACUUCCAGAGAAGUAUCUUGAGGAGAACUACUGCAGAAACCCCGACGGAGACCCCCGCCCGUGGUGCUUCACCACCAGCGCCUCCAAACGAUGGGACUUCUGCUCCAUUCCCCGCUGCACAUCCGAGGCGCCCACCAUCGUCCCAGAGCUGACCUGUGCCACCGGCGAAGGGAAAGCGUAUCGAGGCACGAUCGCUGUGACGGAAUCUGGGAAAACGUGCCAGAGCUGGUCGUCUCAGACGCCCCAAAAACACAACCGCUCGCCGGAAAACUACCCCUGCAAAGGCCUGGAUAGCAACUACUGUCGUAACCCUGACAACGAAAGGAUGCCCUGGUGUUACACCACGGAUCCUGAAACUCGCUGGGAGUACUGCAAGGUGCCGAGCUGUGGGAACGCAGCCGCGCCAGAUGAGCCGGUGAUCCCCACAGAGGAGGAAGACUGUUAUGAGGGCGACGGGACGAGGUACCGUGGUGUAACAUCUGAGACCAUCAGUGGAAAGAGAUGUCAAAGCUGGAGCUCCAUGACUCCCCACACCCACCAAAAAACCCCGCAGAACUUCCCCAACGCGGACCUCAGGAGAAAUCUGUGCAGGAACCCCGAUGGAGACAAAGCUCCUUGGUGUUACACUACAGAGCCUAGAGUCCGCUGGGAGUACUGCAAGUUGGAGAAAUGCCUCCCCAAACCUGUGAGCGGUGCAACCCCAAGCAAACCCUCCACCCCCGAGGCCUCCUCCACUGCCACAGAGACCCCUCCAGACAUUGACUGUAAGACUGGAAAUGGGGAUACAUACCGGGGUCCAACCUCCAUCACCAUUCUGGGUGUGACCUGCCAGGCCUGGAGCGCCCAGAGUCCUCACCAACACAACAGUUUCACCCCACAAAGCCACCCCGCCAAGGGUCUGGAGGGCAAUAGCUGCAGGAACCCAGAUGGCGAUGUGAAUGGUCCUUGGUGCUACACUACAGACAGGAACAAGAAAUGGGACUACUGUCAGAUCCCGGACUGUGCUGGAAUGAAAUGCGGGACGCCGGCCAUCAAGCCAAGGCGCUGUUUCGGUCGGAUUGUGGGAGGUUGCGUGUCAAAACCUUACUCGUGGCCCUGGCAAAUCAGCCUCCGGACCAAUACAGGAAUUCAUUUCUGUGGAGGAACUCUGAUUCACCCUCAGUGGGUCCUCACUGCAGCUCACUGCCUGGAGAGGUCCAAACGGCCAGGAGCCUACAGGGUCAUCAUGGGCGUCGCCACAGAGAGAGCCAACGAGCCGUCCAAACAAGUCAAGAACCUGGAAAAACUGAUCCUGGAACCCAACGGGGCCGACAUCGCUCUGCUCAAGCUGGAGAGCCCAGCUUUAAUAAAUGACAAAGUGAUGCCCGUCUGUCUGCCGGAGAAGGAUUACAUCGUUCCCAGUGGAACCGAGUGUUAUGUUACCGGAUGGGGCGAAACUCAAGGUACGGGAGGCGAGGGCGUCCUGAAGGAAACUGGUUUCCCUGUGAUUGAGAACAAGAUCUGCAAUCGUCCAUCGUACCUGAACGGCCGAGUCAAAGACCACGAGAUGUGUGCUGGAAACAUCGAGGGAGGGACAGACAGCUGCCAGGGGGACAGCGGCGGCCCUCUGGUCUGUUACUCUCAGAGCCAGUACGUCCUGCAGGGGGUGACGUCCUGGGGUCUGGGGUGCGCCAACGCCAUGAAACCCGGCGUCUACGCUCGAGUCUCCAAGUUUAUCGACUGGAUCGACAAAACCAUCAAAACCAAUUGAAAAUGAUCCACCUUGAACAAAUACA